AUGCAGCUCCUCCAGCUCAAGCAGGCAAUCGCCCUCUCCCUGGCUGGCUUGGCCAUUGCGCAUCCCGGAGCUCAUGAGGCCAGCUCUUUUGCCAAUGUCUCCAAACGUGCCUUCCUGCACAAUGCCCAACGGAGCAUGAGCCAAUGCGCCGGACAGCUCCAGGAGAGAGGCGUGCAUGAACGAGCUGCUUCCCGCCGCGCGGCCUUGUAUGAGAAAUACAAAAAGCGGUCCUUGGGUCUCCGCGACACGGCGACAGUAGUGAACACCUCGCACCACUCCUCCCUUCAGGUGACACCCAACACCCCCGAGUGGGAGCUCUUCUCGAAAGACCCGGUCUGUAUCCUCGCUCCAGAGGGUGAAGUCGGUCCUUUCUGGGUGAAGGGGGAGCUUAUCCGCCACGACAUCUCCGACGGAGAAGCAGGAGUUCCCAUCAUCCUAGACGGUCAGUUCAUCGACAUCAACACCUGCGAGCCCAUCCAGGAUCUCUACUGGGACGUGUGGAACUGCAACUCAACUGGUAUCUACUCGGGUGUCCAGAGCAGCAUGAACGGCAACGGCAACGACGCAUCUAACCUCGACAAGACUUUCCUCCGCGGUAUCCAAAAGACCGACUCCGAUGGCGUUGCAGGAUUCAAGACUGUCUUCCCCGGACACUACUCGGGCCGCGCGACUCACGUCCAUGUCAUCGCCCACCUGGGUGCUCAUGUUCUCCCCAACAACACGCUGACCGGUGGCUACAUCCCGCACAUCGGCCAGUUGUUCUUCGACCAGGAUCUGAUCUCGCAGGUUGAGGCCACCUACCCCUACAACACCAGCACGGUGGCCAUCACCAAGAAUGCAGACGAUCAUGUGGUCAAGGUCGAGACGGAGGACAGUAACUCGGAUCCGUUCUUCGAGUAUGCUUUGCUGGGGGAUUCGAUUGAGGAUGGGAUCUUGGCGUGGAUUACCCUUGGUGUCAACGUCACCGCCAGCCAUGACUCCAGUGCCACCUGGGCUGCGACCCUGACCUCGUCCGGUGGUGUGGUCAAUGAGGACUCCUCCAGCGGUGUGGACAUGUAGAAUUUUUCAAUAUGUUGCGGAGAUGGUCAGGCC